UCAUUGCGAGGCAGCUGAUUGGAUGAACCAAUUUAUCCGCGGACACCCUCAACAGCGAAAGAGGACUACCAUCAUCAUCAUCAUCAUCAUCACCAUCACUGGCACCUAUCUACUAGUCUCAUACUUCAACCAGCCUCAAGCUCCGAUCACCAGCCAAAUCCAAUCAACGCAAGCAACCAUGACGGCCAAAAUUAUCAGUGUUCAGGAAAUUGAAAACCACAAGGACGAGAAAUCAGCCUGGGUAAUCGUUGAAGGAAAGGUAUAUGAUGUAACAGAUUUCCUUGAAGAGCAUCCGGGUGGCAAGAAGGUUUUGCUAAAGAAUUGCGGAAAAGAUGCAACCGAACUUUUUCAUCAAUAUCAUACCAAAAAAAUCUUGAAGAACGUCGCUGGCCCAAUGAUGAUUGGUCAAGUCACUACGGAUGCUAAGCUAUAACUCAGACAUCUCUCUCUCAAAGAGGUUCAAGACCAUCAAUCGGAUAGAAUUUGCAGUUGGAGGCCCUCCAAAAUCGAACUUCUUGCUUAUUGAUGUCAUCAUUCACCAGAUCAUUUCCCACAUCGUUGCGAUUUCUUUUUGUUUCUUUUCUCGUUUUACUUUUUUUUGGCUAUUUCCAUCCUAGACAGCUUUCUCUGAUCCCAACACUCUCAUAACCUCCAAAGUCAUAUGUUGUAUUUGUAGAUUUGCAAUAGCAACUUUCCUGUAUGCAGGUUCGCCUUGUAAAAUACAUCCCGACAUUUUUGCUAUGCACACCUUAAUGACGUAGUCUUUGCGCAGGAGAUCUGUUGAAGCUGGACCCUGGAUUGAAAGAUGAAGAGGAAGGAGCC